AUGGCACCACUGAAGAAUCUUCCUUGCAUCGCUGUAGGAAUUGUCCACGAAGCAGCAGCUAGUGAAUGUAUAAAAUGGUUUGCAGCUACGCCGAACAAGCUUCCCUUCCUGCACACUCUCAAUAGACCAAAGUCAAGCUUUUCCUUAGAAAUGGACUUUUCUCAUCAAAACCCUAACUCUAACCCUAAUUGCACCUUCUUCCCUGAAAACCUCAAUCCCAUGCCAGAUUUCGAGCUCUCCGAUUAUCUUAUGCUCGACAACGCCAUCUUCGAUGAUGAUACAUACAUGUCGCAAAGUAUAGCUUCGUCCGAGAAAAGCAUGGCUGCAGCUACUCAAUUCAGUGGUGCAACCUCAAAAAAUAGUAACAUAAAAUGCAAAAAUGGAGUGGGGAAAUACAAAUCGGAGGUUCGAGUUGCGUUUAGAAUGAAAUCUGGGAUAGAAGUGAUGGAUGAUGGAUACAAAUGGAGGAAGUAUGGAAAGAAGUCCAUCAAGAACAGCCCCAACCCAAGGCAUUAUUAUAAAUGCUCAAGUGGAGGAUGCAAUGUGAAGAAGAGGAUCGAAAGGGACAUAAAUGAUGGAAGUUAUGAGAUAACAACAUAUGAAGGUGUUCACAACCAUGAGACCCCAUCCAUGCUUUACCAUAACCAAAUGCCUCUCACGCCCCCCAAUGCUUCUACCUUCAAAGCUUCUCCUCCUCCUCCCCUUCUACUACAUGAAGAACUUAUACACAACAUGAACUAA